CAAGCAGUCUCUCUACCAAUUUUCUGAAGCUGCUUCUCUUCGAUCUCUUUCUUCAUCUUUAUUCAUUCAGUCCUCUCUCUCUCUCUCUCUCUCUCUAUAUAUAUAUAUAUAUAUGUAUAUGGAUGAUCUGAACUAAUUAACCUUAAAACUUUGAAAAUAAUUAAAAGCCGAUCAAAUUGAAAUCUGAAAGCAUAAAAUUAUAUCAGUAAGUAAAAUGGGUGUUUCAGGAACGCUGGAAUACAUAUCUGAUCUGGUGAGCAGUGCCCAAAAGCACAGCAGGAAGAAGAAGAGGAAGCAGCUGCAGACAGUGAAUCUGAAGGUCAGAAUGGACUGUGAUGGCUGUGAGCUUAAAGUCAAGAAUGCCCUCUCUUCUCUCACUGGAGUUAAAUCUGUGGAAAUAAAUAGGAAGCAACAAAAGGUAACCGUGACGGGCUUUAUUGAUCAAAGUAAGGUUCUAAAGAAAGCAAAGGCGACGGGGAAGAAGGCGGAGAUCUGGCCAUAUGUCCCAUACAACCUUGUUGCUCAGCCGUAUGCGCCUCAGGCAUACGACAAGAAGGCGCCUCCGGGAUUUGUCAGGAAAGUGGACAAUCCUCCGGCGACAUCAACACUUGUCAAGAACGAGGAGCCUUACAUGGACAUGUUCAGUGAUGACAAUCCAAAUGCAUGUAAUAUAAUGUAAAAAAAUUAACAAGCUGGCUAAGGGUUUGUAAUAAAGGUAGUAAUGUGUUUGAUCAGCUAAUUUUGUUUUAUUAGUUUGAUGCUUGUGUUUUGUCACCACAUUUGUCCUAAUUUAUGUUAUGGAUGAUGUGGGAAUUGAAUACCAUUUUAUAUAUGGUUGAAAUUAAAUGUAUGUUAUUUGAUAUGUUCAAGAAGAGGGAAAGUGUGUGUUUA